AUGGCGCUGUUCAUCGAAGCGAUUAAGAUAGCCAGCUUCGUACCGCAGAACGAUGUUAGGCGCUGGAUCAAAAAGGUCAGGGCAGGGGAUGAGGAUCCAAUCUUGGCACUUCUGUCCUUGCUUCUUCCUGAGCUCACCACAAUAACACUGACGAGCAUCGCGGACAUCUCGAAUAAGUUCCCGGAGACUAUACAGCGCAUUGCCCGGGCAGAGAAUCGAACUUUUCUUACGCACCUUACGAGGGUGAAUCUCUUUAUUGAGUUCCCAAUCGACGAUUAUUCCCUGGACUGGUUGUGGCUGAAGAUAUUCUCUAGUCUACCACUGGUGCAAUCUAUACACGUCAAAGACUUGAUUGUCACACAGGAUCAUGAUGAUCUAGUCAACGAGGGGCAACGUCUCAUGUCAGGCAGUUCUUGCAUCACGAAAAUGACGUUCGUCAAAAGUGGAGUGGGCGCGAAAACGCUGUUUCAGCUUCUGAAAGUAUCAAAGGGUUGA